UAAAAAAGCAGUUGCAAAGGAAAGCAAAUCAAAGCAAUACAAAUGGAAGCUCUUUUCACCUCCCAAUCCCAUCCCUUCUUCUUCCCCACCACCAGCACCAUCACCACCAAACCCUCCUACCUCACACUCAUCUCUUUCUCCACCCCUUCCACUCACCUUAGAACUCCAACAAUCACCAUUAAGCCUAGCAACACAAGAAGAGGAGGAAGAUUAAGAACAAGUGAUGUUCUCAAAGUGUCUCAAACUUCAGAGACAUUGGUUACAAGUAGCUCACUCCCUUCCAAGAUGAAGGCAUGGGUUUAUGAAGAGUAUGGGGAUGAACAGGUUUUGAAGCUUGUGGAUGAGAUUGAUGUGCCUCAAGUGAAGGAUGACCAGGUUCUUGUUAAGGUCUUUGCUGCUGCUCUCAAUCCUGUUGAUUUUAAGAGGAGGCUGGGGAAGUUUAAAGCCACUGACUCUCCUCUUCCUACUGUUCCGGGUUAUGAUGUCACCGGUGUGGUUGUUAAAGUGGGAAGCCAAGUGAAGGGCUUGAAGGAAGGAGAUGAAGUUUACGGGGAUGUCAAUGAGAAGGCCUUGGAGAAUCCUAAACAAUUCGGUUCGCUAGCGGAGUACACAGCGGUGGAAGAGAAAUUAUUGGCUGUUAAGCCGAAAAAUCUCAACUUCACCGAGGCUGCAUCACUGCCUCUUGCUAUUGAAACUGCUUAUGAAGGCUUGGAAAGAGCCGGUUUUUCUGCUGGUAAAUCAAUUCUUGUGUUGGGUGGUGCAGGUGGAGUAGGUUCAUUAGUAAUUCAGCUAGCGAAGCAAGUAUUUGGUGCAUCGAAGGUUGCUGCAACUUCAAGUACAGGAAAAUUGGAGCUACUAAAGAGUUUGGGAGCUGAUCUCGCAAUUGAUUAUACCAAAGAGAAUUUUGAAGACCUGCCGGAGAAGUUUGAUGUAGUAUAUGACACCGUCGGACAAUGUGAAAAAGCAGUGAAGGCAGUGAAAGAGGGAGGAAGUGUGGUAGUACUAACUGGUGCAGUAACACCACCAGGUUUCAGAUUUGUUGUGACUUCUGAUGGUGGUGCACUUGCAAAGUUAAACCCAUAUCUGGAGAGUGGGAAGGUUAAACCAGUUCUGGACCCAAAUGGACCCUUCCCUUUCUCUCAGUUGGUUCAGGCUUUCUCUUAUCUUGAAACUGGAAGAGCUAUUGGCAAAGUGGUCAUAUUUCCAAUCCCAUGAGACAUUUUCACCUUGUAGAUAUCUAAUUAUUUAGAUAAUUAUAUAUAUAUAUAUAUAUUUAUAUAUAUUUAUAUAUAUAUAUAUGUAUGUAGAUGAAUUGUGUGAGUUUGCUCUUGUUUCUAUAUGCACAUGUAUUGAACUAUAAAAUGUAUUCUGCAGAAACUACACAAAUCAGUUUAUAUAG